GGAGGCGCCGGAGGAGCCGCCGGGAGGGCUCGGGAGGCGCCGGAGGAGCCGCCGGGAGGGCUCGGGAGGUGCUGGAGGAGCCGCCCGGAGCUGCUGCACCCCAGGGAAACUGCACAGAAGUCUCUGAACUUUGGCUGCUCGGGACCCAUAAGCUCAGUUUCAAGCCUCUGAGUGAACCAGGUUCGGCGGUGUGGGCUCAGAACCAAGGUUUCGAUGGAUGAUGCAAGCCCCCCAUUAUCUCUGCAGGACAAUGGUUUUAGUGUGGUAUACAAUGAUCCUCCUGGGACAUCCAGGGAAGAGAUAGAAAACCUCAAGGAAGAGCUGAACACGUGGAAGAAAAGAGUUGAAGAGGCUGAAAAUGUAAAGCUUGACCUUACUCUCUCCAAAUCAACUGCUGAUGAAGAGUGUGGUAGAGCAGAGAAGCAGCUGGCAGAGCUGAAGGAGCAGGAGAAGCAGUGUAAGGACAGAAUGUUCAGCUCUGAGGAACUCCUUCUGCUAAACCAAGAGAACACUGAGCUGAAAAAAGAGAUUGAAAAGCUCAAAGAAGACCUGAAGGAAUACAGUUCCCAGGAUAACCUGAUCCAAAAGAAGGUGGCAGAAAUGAAACUGAAGUUCAGUCACCUGGAGGAGAUGAAGGAUGAGGGGGCAGAUGUGGACAUGGACACUCACUGUGUUUUUGGGGCAGCCACAAAAAUCCCCUUCAGACUCAACCAGAACCAGGCACUGCUGACUUUUGAAGAUGAAGAAGUUGCCCAGAGGCUGACAAAGAAGAGCAAGCACUGUGUGAACCUGGACAACAGAACAGCAAAUGUGACAGUGAAGCCUUUUGAGCUUGACAUGGGAUUCCAGUUUGAGCUCCAUGUCACUGUGUCUGGAAAGAAGAUCAACGUUUCAGAGAUCCCUGAGCUUCCCAUUCCUAAAGAUUGGAUGAGAGACAAACUUGAGCUGAAUUUCUACAAAACUGAGCAGGCAGCAGGAGGAGGAGAGAUCAAAAAUGUGACCUACAACAAGGGGGCUGGGACAGCUGUCAUCACAUUCCUCAAGCCUGGAGCAAGCAAGAACUUUGUGGGAUGCACUAAAUACCCCUUCUAUGCAGAGGGAAGGUGCUUCAGCCUUUGUGUCUCCCCAGAUUUUGAUGCUCACUUGAGGAAGUUUCAGCCUUACUGCAGGGUUUCCAAGAAAACCAUCCUGCUGAAAGGAAUCCCAGAGGUGGAAGAGGAUGAGGAAAGUGUGCAGGACAUGAUUGAAAUCCACUUCCAAAAGCCAAGCAACGGCGGGGGGGAGAUAGAGAAAAUCAAAUUCAACUCCAGAGGAGCAACCUAUGUUUGUUUUGAGGAGGAUGUUGGCAGUGCCUCCUCAGAAAUCACAGGGAACUCGUGAAGUUCUGAGGUUUUGUUGCUCAGAGGAAUUUCUGUAGAUGUUGUGCUUUAAUUGAUGCUGCAACAGAGGAAUCCCAGCCUUUCUGAUUUGCAGAGCUCCUGUGCUGCAGAUGAAAGGCACAGCCCAAGCCUUCAGCAGCCCCUGGAACAGAAUCUCAGCUUUUCUGCAACUUUGCAUAUUUAAAACGCUCCAGAGUGGGAUUAUUUCUUACAUUCUGGAUACAAAAGCCAUAUUUAAUCCCAAUCCAAGGCUCCUCACGUCACAGCCCUGCUUUGUUGAGGUGCCAGAGUUUCAGAAGGUGGCUCUGACACAACCCCAGUCCUGCUGAGGUUCCUGAGUGCCACCAGAACUCAAAACACCUAAAAGAAUCCUGUCAUUUCAUAAAUUAGAAAAAAACAACCCCUGUGUUAUUUUAUCCAGUAAUUUAAUAAAGCUAUUUUUAUCAAAAUAGUGACAGAAUUAAAAUAGAAAAUGGGGGUGCAAACCCAAGAAAUUGCACUCAAGAAAUGCCCUGGAAUUUGCUGCCUUUAGCUGUUCAGCUCCUGCCUGUUUUAUUGUUGGAUUUUAAUAUUUGUUUCUGCUAUUAAAUUUUUCUUCAUUUUUAUUCGUUAUUUUGGUUGUUUUAAAUUAUUGCAGCCAAGGAUUGUGCCUGGUUUUGUAACAGUGCUGGGGGAUUUGGUUAUCUUGGAGUCAUUUAACAAGGAGAAAUGUUUUUCCUUUUCUGCUGUCAUCCUUGCAAAACAAAUCCUCCUCUGACUUUGCACUUUUGCCACCCUUGGGGGCUGAAAUGGUCCCAACAAUCUUAACUCCAAACCAACAUGUGCCUGGCAUUGAAAAUAAUUUAUUUUCAGGGUAUUUGACAUCUUGAUAUGCAGGGGAAGGAGAGUGCACUGAGAAAAGCACUGCAAAAAUACCUCAGGGAUGAUCAUUCCACACAAACUGCUAAUUAUUCCAGACAAACUGUUAAUUAUUCCAGACAAACUGUUAAUUGGCAAUGGAUAAAAGUUGAAUAUGGAAAAUUAAAAGGCUGUAAGCACCACAGUUUUAUUUUGAAUUUGCUGGUAAGUGAGAUACAUGGGACUGCAGCACCUCUCACUGUUUAGGGCCUGCAAAGGCAGGGGUUGGUUACCUGACCAUUGUAAAAUAAUAAUAAUAAUAAUAAUAAU